AUGGAGAUACUAUCUUACCUGACUUACCUGAAUCCCCAUCUUCAAUUUUAACAGAGCUACAAGCAAUUGUUGAUAAUGAUAUUAUUCCUGAACUAUCAAUAACACAACAUGAAAAAGUUGCGGAAACUAUCAACUUUUUACAUCAACAUUAUAGUUUUAAAUUAUUACUUGAUUUCUUGCUUCAACUUCCACCUCUCUCAAAGCCAUCUUGGGAAAUCUUCUAA